GCGAGACGGCUCACCGGAGGAGGAGGAUGAGGAGAGGCAGCCACGGGAGGAGGAGGUUCUCGGUCUCGCGCGCAGCACGGGGACAGACGGCGCAUUGUCUCUGGACGUCUUUCGCGGAGGCUCUCCGCUGUUUCCGCGCGUGUUUCGGCGCCGCCCCCCGCCCGCCAGCCAGGUGUUGCGUCUGAGCGCGAGCCCCUCGUGUUGAUGGAGAGGCGCGAGGAAGAGGGCUGAGCUGCCUCGAGGAGCUCGCGCACUCGACAUUGAUCUCUGCCUCAACAACACCACAACAAGCUGACAGUUUGAGGUUCCAGACCCGUUCGAGUCCAAGAGGCGGAUUCUACCGGCGGGUUCCGGCCCGUUUCUCUCGGCUCCUGGUGCUGUCGCAUUCGCCUGCUGUGUGGGAUCUUUCAGACAAAGGGAAUUAGCGUGAAAAAUGUGUUUUGGUUUCACGGAAAAGGAGACGCCAGCGGAUCCAGCUGUGCCAACGACGCGCGAGUAGUCGUGGGGUUAAGCGGACCGAACCUCUCGCUGACACCGCUCGCGCUCCGAACGCCCAGGGGUCUCGGCUCUCGGUGACGCUGCGACACCCUGAUGGUGUGGACCGUGGCUGCGGCGGCUCGUGGACCAGCUGCCUAGUGGUUUUUAGCCCUCAGCGCGUGCUGCAUCGACUGCGGCGAUGGUGAUGACGGCGGCUCGCGGUUGAUCCCGGUGAUCCCUUCCAAUGGAGCCGGAUUCAUGGGGAAUAUCCUCGGUGCGUUCGUUCGCGUGACAAUGACCUCCAAUAGCGCUUUCCGCCGAGCCGUGCUCGCCGCAACCCGAGAGAGAAGCACGCGUCCCCGGUUUGAUGCGCACGAGGUCGUCGUCUCCCCACAAUCGCUGAAUUGACUCACAACUUGGAAUCACAUCGAAGCGACAGGAACACACGAGCAUUAAAGGGCGACAGCUCCGACGAGCCGCGGCGAUGGAGCUGUCCGAGGUCCGCUGCUCCAGCGCCAGCGACGAGCUGUACACCAUCAACAAGACCCCGAGCAGCAGCAACAACAGCAACAGCAGCGGCGGCGGCAGCGGCGGCAGCGGCGGCAGCGGCGGCAGCGGCGGCAGCGGCGGCAGCGCCAGACCCAAGCGGCUGCUGUGGCAGAACGCGGUGCGCCACAUCACCGAGCAGAGGUUCAUCCACGAGCAGAGCGGCGGCGGCGGCGGCGUGAAGGGCGUCGGGCCGGACGAGCCCUACGAGCCGAGCCAGGGCGCGCGCAAGCAGUCGGCGGGGCGCGCGUCGGUGGGAGACCGGCACAACAACGGCGGCACCAAAGUGUUCCCGGAGCGCGCGAGCAGCGACCUGGGCUUCCUGCAGAUCGACUGCGCGCCCAGCAACUCCGACUUCUUCCUGAACUGGGGCUACACGUACCGCGGCGUCAUCUUCCCCACGCUGCGCAACGCCUUCAAGUCCCGCGACCUGGAGCGCCUGUACCAGCGCUACUUCCUGGGCCAGAGGCGCAAGUCGGUGGUGGUGAUGAACAUCCUGGACGUGGUGACCAAGCUCACGCUGCUGGUGCUGCACCUCACGCUGGCCUCCACCCCGAUGGACCCGAUCAAGGGGACGCUGCUGGGCUUCUUCACGGGCAUCGAAGUGGUCAUUUGUGCCUUAGUGGUGGUGCGGAAGGACACCACGUCGCACAGCUACCUGCAGUACAGCGGCGUGGUCACCUGGGUGGCGAUGGCCACGCAGAUCCUGGCGGCGGGGCUGGGCUACGGGCUGCUGGGCGACGGCGUGGGCUACGUGCUCUUCACGCUGUUCGCCACCUACAGCAUGCUGCCGCUGCCGCUCACCUGGGCCAUCCUGGCGGGGCUCUUCACGUCGGGGCUGCACGUCCUGGUGCACCUGCUCAUCGCCCACAAUGCAGAGCUCUCCACCAACCAGGUGGCGGCUCAGGCUGUGCUGUUCAUGUGCAUGAACACGGCGGGCAUCUUCAUCAGCUACCUGUCGGACCGGGCUCAGCGCCAGGCCUUCCUGGAGACGCGGCGCUGCAUCGAGGCCCGGCUGCGGCUGGAGACCGAGAACCAGAGACAGGAGCGACUGGUCUUAUCAGUCCUGCCCCGUUUUGUAGUUUUAGAAAUGAUCAAUGACAUGACAAAUGUAGAGGACGAACACCUCCAGCAUCAGUUUCACAGAAUCUACAUCCACCGCUACGAGAAUGUCAGCAUUCUUUUCGCAGAUGUUAAAGGCUUCACGAACCUCUCCACGACGCUGUCGGCGCAGGAGCUGGUGCGGAUGUUGAAUGAACUCUUUGCACGCUUCGACCGCCUCGCACAUGAGCAUCACUGUCUGCGGAUAAAGAUCCUGGGAGACUGUUACUACUGCGUGUCCGGGCUGCCCGAGCCCAGGCCGGACCACGCCCACUGCUGCGUGGAGAUGGGCCUCAGCAUGAUCAAAACCAUCAGAUAUGUGAGAUCCCGGACGAAACACGACAUCGACAUGCGCAUCGGCAUCCACUCCGGCUCCGUGCUCUGCGGCGUGUUGGGUCUGAGGAAGUGGCAGUUCGACGUCUGGUCCUGGGACGUGGACAUCGCCAAUAAGCUGGAGUCUGGAGGGAUCCCAGGGCGGAUCCACAUCUCCAAGGCCGCUUUGGACUGUCUGAACGGCGACUACGAGGUGGAGGAGGGCCACGGGAAGGACCGCAACGACUUCCUGCGCCGCCACAACAUCGAGACAUACCUGAUCAAGCAGCCGGAGGAGAGUCUGCUCACGCUGCCCGAGGACAUCAUGAAGGACUCGGGCAGCUCCGCCGACCGGCGCGCCAGCAGCGCCACCUUCAACGAGGCGUCCUGGAGCCCCGAGCUCCCCUUCGACAACAUCGUGGGGAAGCAGAACACUCUGGCUGCCCUAACGAGAAAUUCGAUAAAUCUGCUUCCAAACCAUCUCGCACAAGCUUUGCAUGUCCACUCUGGUCCUGAGGAAAUUAACAAGCGAAUAGAGAGCGCCAUCGACUUACGGAGUGGCGAUAAGUUGAGAAGAGAGCAUAUCAAGCCUUUCUCACUGAUGUUUAAAGACUCCAGCCUGGAAGAGAAGUACUCUCAGAUGAGGGACGAGGUCUUCAAGUCCAACUUGGUGUGCGCCUUCAUCGUGCUCAUCUUCAUCACGACCAUCCAGAGCCUGCUUCCCUCCGCCAGAUUGGUAACGAUGGUGAUCCAGUUCUCGGUCCUCAUCGUCCUUCAUUGCUGCCUGAUCCUAAUUACGACAGCGGAGGAUUAUAAGUGUUUGCCCCUCGUCCUGCGAAAAGCCUGCUGCUGGAUCAACGAGACCUACGCUGCUCGAAACGUCAUCAUCUUCGUCUCCAUCCUCAUCAACUUCCUGGCCGCCAUGAUCAACAUACUGUGGUGCGACUUCGACAAGUCCAGCACUUUCAGGAACCAGACGUUCAACGAGUCGGGCUCCAUCCCAGACAUCUGCUUCUACCCAGAGUACUUCGUGUUCACCGGCGUGCUGGCGAUGGUGACGUGCGCCGUGUUCCUGCGGCUGAACUCGGUGCUGAAGCUGGCCGUGCUGCUGGUGAUGAUCGCCAUCUACUCGCUGCUCACGGAGGCCUUCUACACCUCGCUGUUCGUCCGCUACGACACCGUGCACCACAACACGCAAAACUUCCUGGGAACCAAAGAGACAUCUUUGCUCCUGAUGGCCAUGUUCCUCCUCGCUGUGUUUUAUCACGGCCAGCAGCUGGAGUACACGGCCCGGCUGGACUUCCUGUGGCGCGUCCAGGCCAAAGAGGAGAUCAACGAAAUGAAGGAGCUGCGAGAGCACAACGAGAACAUGUUGAGGAACAUCCUGCCCAGUCACGUGGCGCGACACUUCCUGGAAAAGGACCGGGACAACGAGGAGCUGUACUCGCAGUCGUACGACGCGGUGGGUGUGAUGUUUGCCUCCAUCCCAGGCUUCGCUGACUUCUACUCCCAGACUGAGAUGAAUAACCAGGGUGUCGAGUGCCUGAGGCUCCUCAACGAAAUUAUUGCCGACUUCGAUGAGUUGCUGGGUGAAGACCGCUUCCAGGACAUCGAGAAGAUAAAGACGAUCGGCAGCACCUACAUGGCCGUGUCCGGUCUGUCCCCUGAAAAACAGCAAUGUGAGGACAAAUGGGGCCACCUGUGUGCGCUGGCAGACUUCGCCAUCGCCCUCAACGAGAGCAUCCAGGAGAUAAACAAGCAUUCCUUCAACAACUUUGAGCUCAGGAUCGGUAUGGCUCACGGCUCGGUGGUGGCGGGUGUAAUCGGUGCCAAGAAGCCUCAGUACGACAUCUGGGGCAAGACGGUGAACCUGGCCAGCAGGAUGGACAGCACAGGCGUCAGCGGCAAGAUCCAGGUGCCUGAGGAGACCUUCCUGAUCCUGAAGGAGCGCGGCUUCGCCUUCGAGUACCGCGGCGAGAUCUACGUGAAGGGCAUCAGCGAGCAGGAGGGCAAGAUCCGGACCCACUUCCUGCUGGGCCGCGUGCAGCCCAACCCGCUCAUCCUGCAGCCGCGCAAGAUCACGGGCCAGUACUCGCUGGCCGCCGUGGUGCUGGGCCUGGUGCAGUCGCUCAACCGGCAGAAGCAGAAGCAGAUCCUGAACGAGAACAACAACUCGGGCAUCAUGAAGGGCCACCACCACUACAACAGGAGGACGUUGUUAGCGCCCGGCGGCUCCGAGGGGGGGGGCGGGCAUCACGCCGAGGCGGCCGAUAAGACGGAGCUGUCCUGAAGAAGGACCGGAGGCAGAUUCACCAGAAGCAAAGAUGCUCUCCAGGCAAAGUAAUCCCAGUGGUUGGGUGGGUUCAAAAACUAAUCCAGUCUGGUCCAGUGUCCUGAUCCCAGUGCAGCAGGUGGGAGCCCACACCCACAGCUCGUGGUUCCGUCUGCAGCAGCAGGGCCCGCGGACUCCAUGGAAGCCAAGUCGUUAUUGUAGCACAACAAGCAGCUAUGAUGAUGCAGGUGAGGCUGCUGGGUAAUGUAGGCUCCACCCGACCCCACCAGCACCCGAAGCCCGCUGGGGUUAAGGAAGCACACGCACAUUCACGCAUAGAAGAAGAGGAGACGACUGCCUCGGUGCAGGCGUUCUCAGGGUCGAUGGAAACAUGUCGUACGGAAGGAAAAGCGCUCAGAACCUCAAGGAUACACACAAUGAAUGUAACCAGAAACUACAGGGCGCACUGAGAACAAGCUGCAGACGUGCUGGUUCUGGACCUGCUGGAUUUUAAGAUUUGCCACUUUCUAAACACUGAAUAAAGUUAUGUCAAAGGUCUCAAAGCCAUGAAUGUCAUGUAAAUACGAACAAACAUCAAAUGUUCAGUCCACUUCUUUCUCUGGCUCCUCCCACUGGGGUUAAUUCUGCCUCCUGAACCACUUCUGCUUGUGAUGAAUAUCUGUAGCUUUGAAGGAGAAGGCGCUGGUGGUGCUGGUUUUCUGGUGGUGCCGGUGCUACCUGUGGUAUCGGUGGUACCGGUGGUGCCGGUGGUGCCGGUGGUACCGGUGGUACCAGUGGUGCCGGUUGUGCCGGUGGUGCCGGUGCUACCUGUGGUGCCGGUGGUACCGGUGGGGGAGGGAGGGUCUGGAUGGGACCACUGCUCUGUUUUCAUCCACCCUCAUCCGUUCAAUCCCCUCGGACUGUUUGACGUUCCUCCUGUCUUUCCCUCUUUUCUGUGGCCCGGCCGUCGACCCAUGAACCCCUGCCCCGCUCAGAACCCUGCCUGGUGUCAAUGUUUCUUUUUUGUAUUUCUUUUAUAUAUGAAAACACAAUAAAGGGGUCUAAUUUUUGUAUAA